AUGAUACUAAAAUCACCAACAGCUGGUAACUUUCCUUUCAUAGCAAAAGGAUCACUACUACCAUUCUUAGAUUCUCCCAACACUCUCUUAUCCGAUCUCUGGUCUGAUCGUUUCCCAGAUCCAUUUCGCGUCUUAGAACAAAUCCCCUAUGGAGUUGAGAAACACGAACCAUCAAUGACACUGUCACAUGUUAGAGUAGACUGGAAGGAAACUCCGGAGGGACAUGUUAUAAUGUUGGACGUGCCUGGGUUGAAAAAAGAUGAUAUAAAGAUAGAAGUGGAAGAGAAUAGGGUGCUGAGAGUGAGUGGUGAAAGGAAGAAAGAAGAAGAGAAAAAAGGAGAUCACUGGCACAGAGUUGAAAGAUCUUAUGGAAAGUUGUUAGGAUGCUAA